ACUGUUUAAAGAUGAGAAAAGUUACAUCACGUUGGGUUGCUCACAAACUCAGUGAUGAACAAAAGCAACAACGACUUACGAGGGAGGUCCACCAACUUAUAAAUCGUUUUCCAGUCAAAAUCUAAUUCACUAUAGGUAAUCAACCAUGCUGAUUCCGAAUAUCACCAUGACUGCUGUUGCUAGAUCUUCAAAGAUCGGUUUUCUGGAAAACCAGUUUUUCAGAAACUUUAAAAAAUAACCAAAACCUUUUCUUAAUGCUGCAUGAUUGUAGCCCGCACAUUUCUGAUUAAAAUGAGACGUCCAGCUCUACACAAUCUUUCUUUGCAAAGUUAUAGAAUUUGCAAGAAAAGCCCUGAAUGUUCGUUGUCAGCUCAAAGCUACAGAAAUAAGAAGAAAUUAAUGUAGGGCUUUCUUGUAAAUUCUAUAACUUUGCAAAGAAAGGUCAUGUAGAGCUGGGAGAGGUCUCAUUUUAAUCAGAAAUUUUGGGACUACAAUCAUGCAUUAUUAAGAAAAGGUUUUGGCUAUUUUUUAAAGUUUCUAAAAAACUGGUUUUCCAGAAAACCGAUCUUUGAAGAUCUAGCAGCAGCAGUCAUGGUGAUAUUCGGAAUCAGCAUGGUUGAUUACCUAUAGUGAGUUAGAUUUUGACUGGAAAACGAUUUAUAAGUUGGUGGACCUCCCUCGUCAGAGUCUGUCGUCAAAAUCUAGCAAAAUUUCAGACUGGGAAAUGGAGAUUAUCUGAUGUCAUUACUGAUGAUGAGACAUGGAUUUAUCAUAGACAGAUUGGUCGAAAAGUCAAGUAAUGCUACAUGGAUUAGCGAAAAUGAACCACCAAGGACCAUUGUUCGUCGAAAUAGAUCUGAGCCCAAAACAUUGUUUUGUUUAUUCUUUAAAUCAAAUGGUCCUGUUCUUAUACACAAAAUUGAUAAAGGCAAGACUGUCGAUCACAACUAUUACACUGAAAAUUGUCUCAAACCUGUUAUUAAUGAAAUACGAAAACAAGAAAAAUCAUCACGUACAAAAUGCAUCAAAUUGCUUCACGAUAUUGGUCGUCCUCAUAUUCAUCGGGAUGUUAUUGACUAUUUAGCAGAAGAAGAUAUUGAAAUAAUACCACAUCCACCAUACUACCUGAUCUUGCACCCUGUGCCUUUUGGCUCAAUGAUUACAUCAAGAUUAACUUGGCUGACCAAGAAAACGAAGAAUCACUAG